AUGUUAGAUCUCAUCGCUUUGGGAGAGUGCCAAUGCCGUCAGCGACGUUAUAUCGCCUGUUCGGAUUGCUACAGACGAAAAAGGAAAUCUUGGGAAGUCAUUGCAAGCCAAAAAAGAUUUGAAAAAGUUAGCUGGUCUUUAAUGUGUAAUAAGGUCUAUAAUUGGAUAAGAAGGAAGAUGAAAUGUGAAAUCUCAUCGCUUUGGGAGAAUGCCAAUGCCGUCAGCGACGUUAUAUCGCCUGUUCGGAUUGCUACAGACGAAAAAGGAAAUCUCGGGAAGUCACUGCAAGCCAAAGCAAGAUUUUUGGGAUUUAAAGUAAUGGCAGGUCGGGCAUUUCGGAUCUUAUACCGACAAGACCCGAACUUGCCAUUUAGUGUUAUUGUCGAUUGUAACCGCACUAAUCAGUCACUACUGCUCGAGUCGUCAGCUAUUCUUACCCUAACAAAUAACGCAUCAACUGAAGAGUAUAAGAAAUCCUAUACAAAAUUAAUUGACGGAUACGGUUUGUUGGGAAUUUUGCAAGUCUCCAAAGAUGACCAUUUUUUGUUAGUCGUGACGGGUGUGUUGUCAAUGGGACAGCUGCAUAACUGCGAUGUAUAUCGAAUAACUAAUGUUCAGUUUGUAUCCUUGAAGUCUGCUGUUUCUGAAUUUAUUGAUCCGCGGAUCAGCGAGCUUCAGCGGCUAAUCUCCUCUGGUAUUUUUUACUUCGCUACUUCUGUUGAUCAAAAGCACCUUAUUGACCUUACAUUGACAGCUCAAAAACGGAUGGCAGGAGAUACAAGUGAUGACCGUUUUUUCUGGAACAAAAAUUUACAUUUUCCACUGGAGCACUAUGAUACUUCUGACUGGCUUAUUCGAAUCAUGUGUGGAACUAUUCAGAUUCGGCUAGUGUAUAUUGGUUGUAAGACGGCAAAAGUAGCAAUUCUGUCGCGCUUAAGUCGUGAAAGAGUAGGAACCCGUUUUAAUGUUCGCGGUGUAAAUGAUCACGGGCACGUCGCUAAUUUUGUUGAGACUGAGCAGUUAAUUAUUUAUGAAGGAAAUGAGACUUCUUUCGUACAAAUCCGGGGUUCCGUGCCGUUGUUUUGGGAGCAACCGGGCAUCAAUGUUGGGUCUCAUAAAGUGAAAAUUCGUGCUUUCGAGAUUUCGGCUCCAGCUUAUGAACGUCAUUUCUGUUGUUUGAAGAAAGAAUACGGGAAAAUAGCCAUUAUUGAUUUACUAGGUUCCAAGGAAGGCGAAAAACUUUUGUCUCAGGCAUAUAGAACACAACACCAAGGUUCUAGUCACAAAGACGUUGAAUAUAUUAGUUUUGAUUACCACGCACAGAUGAAGUCCUCUAAGGAUUCUAUAGCGUAUUUGAUAAAUAGGUUGAAACUGACAAUAGAAAAAUUUGGCUUUUUUCACGUGUUAAAUGAUCGUGUAACCAGGUCUCAGUGUGGGGUUUUGCGUACAAAUUGCCUCGAUUGCUUAGAUCGUACGAAUGCAGUUCAAACAGUUGUUGGACUUCAGGUUCUUGCCGCUCAGCUUUCUUGUCUUCCUGCUGAAGCCAUGAAACCUAAUAUUGUAUCCAGAUUUGAAGAAAUGUUGAAGGAUUUAUGGCAAAAGAAUGGGGACUUUUGCAGUAUCAUUUACGCCGGCACUGGGGCUCUAGAGGGCAAAUCAAAGUUCAAGGAUGCUGGUCGUUCUUUAGCGCGCACUAUUCAAAAUAAUUUGAUGGAUGCAUCUAAACAAGAAUCAUUUGACCUUCUUCUCCACGGAACUUCGUGCAGCAGUCCUUUAUAUGAGCAUGCAGAAGACUUUCUUCCUCCAAUCGUUCUUUACGAAUUCAACCAUAUUUUGGAAAGGGUUAUGGAACGCGAAAAUGAAAUGGUUGAUGAAAUGCCACUUACGAUUUUUGCUGGGACUUGGAAUGUAAAUGGUGGGAAGAAUAUGCACAACAUUGCAUUCCGUAAUCAAGCGCCGUUGUCAGAUUGGCUCUUCCCUGAUAAUAUGUUAGUAAAUUUAAAUGAACCAAAGUUUCACGCUGACAUUGUCGCCAUUGGUUUGGAAGAACUCAUCGACCUCAAUGCAUCAAACAUUGUUAAAGCCAGUACAACAAAUCAAAAACUAUGGUGUAAAGGCCUCAUGGAUGCUUUAGCCAAACGUGGAGAGUAUGUUUUACUUGGGUGUGAACAGCUAGUUGGCGUUUGCCUAUUUAUUUUCAUUCAGCCAUAUUUGCUGCCUGUAGUACGCGAUUUUUCAGUUAGCAGCGCCAAAACAGGAAUGGGUGGCACUACUGGUAAUAAGGGCUCAGUAGCUUUCCGUUUUACACUCUAUUCUACAUCGCUGUGUAUUGUUUGUUCCCAUUUUGCUGCUGGACAGAAUGAAGUGCGAGAUCGGAAUGAAGACUUUGCGGCAACUUUGAAAAAAAUUCGAUUUCCUAUGGGCCGACACAUCUUGUCGAGUGAUGUAAUUGUGUGGAUGGGAGAUUUUAAUUACAGGAUCUCAUUACCUGGCGAUGAGGUAAAAAAAGCUAUUCAGGCACAGCUGUUUGCUCAACUUGCACCAAAUGACCAAUUGACGCAGCAGAAGGCUAUAGGACUAGUGUUUCAUGGUUUUCAUGAGGGUCCUCUAAAUUUUGCCCCGACUUAUAAGUACGAUACAUUUAGUGACGACUACGACACAUCAGAAAAAUGUAGAGUUCCAGCAUGGACUGACAGAAUUUUCUUCAAAAAUUCAAAGCGUGCUACCGUUCAGCUGUUGAGGUAUGGAAGAGCCGAACUGAAGACGUCCGAUCACCGUCCAGUGAGCGCUCUACUCAAAGUAACUGCUUGGAAACUGGAUCCAGUAAAGUGCGAGACGGUCUACAACGACAUUAUUGCCUCUAUAGGCCCUCCUGACGGAACCGUUAUUGUUACAGUAGACGGAACUGACAUGUUCCCCUUGAAAAUGUAUUAUGUUGUUCUUGAAAAGCUCUCGCUUUUAGGAAUAACUCCGUUGUUGAGCAAGUUUGAGGGGAAAGAUCUAUGGUUGGUUCUGGAAAGUGGAGAAAUGGCACUUGCAGCCUUAAGCAUGGAUGGUUUAGAUGUGAAAGAACAGAUUUUGCGUGUUCGUUUACGCACACCUGACUGGAUAAAUUUGAAUUAUCUUCAUAUCACUAAAUUACUAACUAGCAAGACAGAUAACAGUGAGAAAAUUCCGUUGUCUCCAAAGAAUGCUGGUUUUCAAUUUGAAUUAGAAGAAGAGGACGAUUACGUCAAUACUGCCUCACCUCGUCGAACCUAUGAUGGAGCUAGUGAGGCGGUUGCAGCGUCAGAUGUAAACAGUGCUGCAGCUCUUACCAACCACGGGUCGGAGUCUUUGUUUCGGAAACCGCUGCAUGAUCCUUCAAGCGCAUGGAGGUAAGU